GCCUCUGCGGACGCGCGUCAGUCAGACCAGAUCACUCGCAGCAUCUUUCUGAAGGACAUGACUAAACUAAACGGACAGAGAAUGGAUGCAAACGUCGUGGUACUCGGCACAGACAAUGUUGGAAAAUCUGCACUUAUUGUCCGAUUCCUGACUCGUAGAUUCAUCGGGGAAUAUGGGGAUAUUGAGUCCCUUUACACUCACAAUGUCGUUGUGGAUGGACGAGAGCAAAUUCUGAAUAUAUGGGAUGCUCCAUAUUCACAGGACCUGUCCUUCGAGUCCUUGAUGUGUGAGAAAAGAGUCCAGUGGGCAGAUGGCUUUGUGCUGGUCUACAGCAUCUGUGACCGAGCCAGUUUCAACACAGUCUCCAGACUCAUCCAAACAAUCAAAACCGCUAAGGACUUUGUGGGCUUUGAGAAGAUGCCCAUAGUUAUUGUGGGAAACAAGAGAGACCUGCACCAUCGCCGUACGGUCCUCAGCGAGGAGGGCAGGCUGCUGGCGCUCUCCGCCGACUGUCAGUUUUAUGAGGUCUCGGCUGCUGAGAACUACCACAGCGUCCUCAUGGUUUUCCACGGGCUGGUGGAUCGCAUCAGGGAGUCCAAGGUGUCUGUGAAAAAAUUAGCAGGCAUCAAGAGCAUUGUGAAGAGCAUGUCUGCAGUGUUCGCCCGCAGGCGAACGGAUUCGUUGUGAGAGCUCUGGAAAUAAAGCUUACUCUAUGUGGUCUGAUGUGACCUAUUUUAAACCAUCGAGAGGGACAAACUAUUGCUGUGGCUCCUAAAAGAGUCCUGGAUCUCUCACAUGACUACAGCUGGACCUUCCACUAUGAGAUUGUCUUAGUUUGUCUGCUAAAGUGACGGCAUCCAUUGAGAAUGUAUUGAAAGAUUCAAUGCUUACGAUGCGGUGGCAGAUUAAUGCAAUCAAAAGUGGAGUUAAUAUUCAUAGUAUGAUCUCAUUUGCUUACUUUAAGCAGGAAAGAUCUCAGUGGUUCUGCAAAUACUGUAAUCAUGAUGAGUGUUGGCAACAGGUAAAAACGCUCUGGUGAUGACGACCGUGGGACCGUUCAAUGCUGUGUUCUAAAUAUAUAAGCAGAUGCAGAUGUCUUUUGCUACAUUUAUCAAAUACAAACGUCUCCCACAGUAUUAUCAUACCGAGGAGUUGUCAUCAGCUCAAGGCCGUCUUGCAGUUUAAUCGCAAUGGAUUGUUUGUUGAUUGCGUCUAUGUGCAUUCAGAGCACAAUGUGUAUUUCCCCCAGAUUCUUUUCUAAGGCUGGUCUAGUACUUAAACACACCACUGUGUAAUUGUGCUACAAAGUAUAAUAAAUCACAGGGAAAGACUUCCCCUGAAUGCCAAUGCACAGUGCAAUGUUACAAUCAUCAGCAUAUGAAUAUGCUGUUUUUGUAUUGAAUACAUUGUUACACCAAAAUCAUGUAUUCAAAGUAGCCUGUGCUAAAGGAGUAGUUCACUUUAAAAAAAACUUUUGCUGAUAAUUUACUCACCCCCAUGUCAUCCAAGA